UACCUUAGUCUUUCAGAUCCGUCCGAACGUACCGAAGUGAAAUAUGAAAUUUAGUUUGGUGUUAGUGCUGGCCCUGGCAGCCCUCGUGGCCGCUGACGAUGUGAUCAAUUGGCACAAGCUCCGUCCGGCAUGGCGUAUGCCACGUUACUGGAAGCGCCUUCCAAAGGAGCUCAUGAAGCAGAUGGUUAGCGAGAUCAAGGAUCUGCCGAAACAACGCCCGGAUGGUAGAAUCGUUGGAGGAUACGUUGCCACACCCGGUCAGUUCCCAUAUCAGAUUGUGAUGAUUGCCAACUUCCCCGAGGGUGGUGCUCUUUGCGGUGGUUCCGUUCUGUCGCAGAACUUUAUCCUUACUGCUGCCCACUGCGUUGAUCAGGCUAGCGGUGGUACUAUCAUCCUCGGUGCUCAAGAUCGUACCAAUGCUAACGAACCCGGUCAGGUCCGCAUCCCAUUCACGGCCGCCGGAGUGUACUACCACGAAAGCUGGGAUCCAUCGUUGAUCCGCUACGAUAUCGCCACCGUUCGCAUGUCCACCCCGGUUCAGUUCAGCGACCGUAUCCAGCCUGUGUCUUUGCCAACUUGGAGUGAUGUUGAGAACGACUUCGCCGGUGUGACUGGUACCGUUUCCGGUUUCGGACGCUUCUCUGAUGAUGUCAACGCUGCCUCGGAUGUGCUACGGUAUGUGACCAAUCUUAUUCAGACCAACACGGCCUGCAACAUCCGAUUCCUGGGACUGAUUCAACCGGAAAACAUCUGUCUGGCCGGUGAAAAUGGACGUGGUGCCUGCAGCGGUGACUCCGGUGGCCCAAUGACCAUUAGCCGUGAUGGAAAGACUGUCCAGGUUGGUGUCGUUUCGUUCGGUUUGGCUCUGGGGUGCGAACUCAACUGGCCAUCCGUGUUUGCCCGGACGUCCUCGUUCCUGCAAUGGAUCCAGGCCCACUCCGAUGUGAUCAUUGAAGCUUAAUUGUGAUUUUUAUUUGUUUGUUUAAUAAACAUCUAUUACGUUAUGAGACGCACAA